AUGUCUGGCGCCAGGAACAUCACAGCUGCCUUACGGCGGGCAGUGCCCCGACCCCGUGUCGCCCUUCGAUCCGCCCAAUUCGUUCAAAUCCCCCGUGUCACCCGCGCCUUCAGCGCCGGCCCCGUCCGCAAGUCCGACUCCCGCCAAAUCAAAUACACCAGCGACGCCUACCCCAACGUCAAGCGGAACCCCAAUUUCGCCGAGAUCUCCGCUGACGAUGUCGCCCACUUCAAGGAGCUGCUGGGCUCCCAAUCCGCCGUGAUCGAUGGUGUGACCACCGACGCGACGGACGAUAUCGAACCCUUCAACAGUGACUGGAUGCGCAAGUACCGCGGGCACACACGGCUGGUCCUCAAGCCUAAGGAUUCCCAGGAGGUCAGCAAGGUGCUCAAGUACUGCAAUGAGCGCAAAUUGGCUGUUGUGCCGCAGGGUGGAAACACUGGCUUGGUUGGUGGUUCUGUGCCUGUCUUCGAUGAGAUCGUCAUCAAUACCUCACGCAUGAACCAGAUUCGCUCCUUUGAUGCCGCGUCUGGUGUACUUGUUGCUGAUGCCGGUGUUAUCCUUGAGGUCGCGGACCAGUACCUUGCUGAGCGCGAGCACCUCUUCCCUCUUGACCUCGGUGCCAAGGGAUCGUGCCACAUCGGUGGAAAUGUCUCCACCAACGCUGGUGGUUUGCGUCUGCUACGCUACGGCAGUUUGCACGGAAGCGUUCUUGGUCUUGAGGCUGUCCUGCCGGAUGGGACCGUCGUCGAUGCUUUAUCGACUCUGCGCAAGAACAACACUGGCUACGAUCUGAAGCAGUUGUUCAUUGGUUCCGAGGGAACCAUUGGCCUUGUCACUGCCGUUGCUAUUCAGUGCCCUCCUCGACCCAAGGCUGUCAAUGUGGCCUACUUUGGUCUCGAGAGCUUCGAACAGGUCCAGCAGGCUUACCUUGCGGCCAAGGGCCAGCUUUCGGAGAUUCUCUCUGCCUUCGAGUUGAUGGACGGUCGCAGCCAGAAGCUGGUCAUUGAGUCUACGGGUAAUAAGCAUCCUCUGGAGGGCGAGUACCCCUUCUACUGUCUAGUUGAGACCAGCGGUUCCAACGCCGAGCACGACAUGGAAAAGCUGGAAUCAUUCCUGGAGAAUGUGAUGGGCGAGGGCAUCGUCGCUGACGGUGUGUUGGCUCAGGAUGAGACGCAGUUCCAGGCUCUCUGGCGCUGGCGUGAGGGUAUCACCGAGUCGCUCAGCCACCUGGGUGGCACCUACAAGUACGACGUGUCGAUCCCGCUGGCAGAUCUGUACCAGCUUGUUGAAGACUGCAAGGCCCGUCUUACUGAGAAGGGCUUCGUCGGUGACGAUGACUCCUUCCCCGUCCGCGCUGUGGUUGGCUAUGGUCACAUGGGUGACUCCAACCUGCACUUGAACGUUGCUGUGCGUCAGUACAACAAGGAGGUUGAGAAGGCCAUUGAGCCUUGGGUAUACGAGUGGAUUCAGAAGCGCCAGGGCAGUAUUAGUGCUGAGCAUGGUCUCGGUGUUGCCAAGCGCGAGUUCAUUGGAUACAGCCAAAAUGAGACAAUGGUGGGCCUGAUGAAGCAGCUUAAGGGCCUCUAUGACCCGAACGGAAUCAUGAAUCCGUACAAGUAUAUCUAG